CGCUGCGGGCGGGGCGGCGCAUGCGCGAAGACGCCCCGGCGCGGCCCGGCGGUGAAUGAUCGCUCCCGGCAGCCCCCGCGCCGCUCGGCCCCGCCGCGGCUCGCCCGCCCCGCCGCCAUGGCCUUCACGUUCGCCGCCUUCUGCUACAUGUUGGCGCUGCUGCUCACGGCCGCCCUCAUCUUCUUCGCCAUCUGGCAUAUCAUAGCAUUUGAUGAACUGAAGACGGAUUACAAGAAUCCCAUAGACCAAUGUAAUACACUCAAUCCUACAGUUGAAAAGGUCAAAAAGAUUAAAAGAGUCAAAAUUGCAUUGAAGCUUGUCCUUCCCGAGUACCUCAUCCACGCCUUCUUCUGUGUCAUGUUUCUCUGUGCAGCAGAGUGGCUUACGCUGGGGCUCAAUAUGCCUUUGUUGGCUUAUCAUAUUUGGAGGUACAUGAGCAGACCCGUGAUGAGCGGCCCUGGGCUGUACGAUCCCACAACCAUCAUGAAUGCAGAUAUUUUAGCCUAUUGCCAGAAAGAAGGAUGGUGCAAAUUAGCAUUCUACCUUCUAUCCUUUUUUUACUACCUAUAUGGCAUGAUUUAUGUUCUGGUGAGCUCUUAAGAAGACGUUUGACAAGCUUUGUUCCAGUUAAGUGCAUGCAAAAGCCACAAACCACGGAUUCUUUACAACAAGAACCUCUUACCAAGAUUAAAUCCGGAAUCUGAUGAUCGCAUUUGCGUUAGAAAACGACGACUCCCCUAUUUUUAAAAUAUUUCCACAUUUUAUACUUGUGGAAAGACUCUUUUCUUAUAUUUUACUGGGACACUGAAAUUAAAGAAGUACAUGUCAAUUAAUAUAAAGAUUACUGGGUUUCGAGAAGUUUUGACUUUGCACUCCAUAAGGAACAGCCGUAAUCUUCAAGUAGGUAUUUGUUACUACCAGCCUUAGUACACUAGGGAGUUUCUUUAGGCCGGGCUUUGUAGCGGCUCGUUUGGACUCGCGUGUCCCGCUCUAAAUCAGCUGCCGAGCGCGUGGGGAGGACCAGAGGUGCUGGGGGUUUGACCUGGGAGCGCCGUUGGUCUUAAAGAGCUGAAUUCACGGACACAAUUGCAAAAAUAGGAGUUUUGUUUAGUUUGGUUUGUUUUUUCUAUGGUUAAUCUUUCCUGUAUGUCUGUAUUUUCUCCAAACGUUAACCUUGCUUUAAGCUCAAACGUGUGUCAUUGCGAUAGAAGUUGAAUUGUCCACGAGGGAAUGAAUUGAAAUGAGUUUUGUUUUUAAUGUCUGUGCUGUCUUAUUAACAAAUGGACAAACCUACAACAAUGAUGAAGUCCAAUGAUGAAAAUACUCCUGAGUUGAAGAGUAAUAACUACAGAGCUUUUCAAAGCAGAAAGUGAGCUUGUGAAACUGCCCCGCUGUUCCUUAGUGCAAUAAAAAAUAAUAAUAAUAAUAAAAAAAAUUCUCAAAUUCAGAAA